GUCCAUUGUAUAAGAGAAGUUUGAAGGAUUUUUUUGUCCUCAUACCAAGAGAGAUUUAAGCCGCGAUGUCUCUGAGAGGUGAUGUGUGUGUGGUGACGGGAGCCUGUGGAUUCCUGGGAAAGAGACUGGUGAGGCUGCUGCUAGAAGAAGAGGAAAUGGCUGAGAUUCGACUGCUGGACAAACAAGUACAGCCCCAACUUUUACAGAGUCUGGAGGACUGUAGAGGCGACACAAAGUUGAAUGUUUUCGAGGGCGACAUCAGAGACGGUGAUUUCCUGAGAAAAACUUGUCGUGGUGCAUCAAUCGUCUUCCACAUUGCAUCCAUCAUUGACGUUAUUGAGUCAGUGGAGUACAGUGAGAUGUACGGGGUCAAUGUCAAAGGAACGCAGCUGCUUCUGGAGGCAUGUAUUCAAGAGAACGUGGUGUCCUUUAUCUACACUAGCACCAUCGAGGUGAUGGGACCAAACCCCAAGGGUGACCCCAUAAUCAACGGCAGUGAGGACACCGUUUAUGACUUUUCUCUGAAGUUUACCUACAGCAAGACCAAAAGGGAGGCUGAGGAGAGAACCCUGCAGGCCCACAGCGAGGUGCUCCAAAAUGGAGGCCGACUGGCCACAUGCGCCCUCAGACCAAUGUACAUCUAUGGAGAGGGCUGCCGCUUCCUGCUGGGCCACAUGGGUGACGGGAUACGAAACAAAGACGUUCUAUUUCGUAUGUCUGUCCCAGAGGCCCUAGUGAAUCCUGUUUACGUGGGCAACGUGGCUAUGGCUCACCUCCAAGCAGCCCGCAGCCUUAAAGAUCCAAAAACAAGAAAUGCUAUUGGUGGAAAGUUUUACUUGAUUUCUGAUGACACACCACCUGUCAGUUAUUCAGACUUCAACCACGUCAUGAUGUCACCUCUGGGCUUCAACAUCCAAGAGAAACUUCCUCUGCCGCUCCGCUUCCUCUACGUAUUCUGCUUCCUAUUGGAGACUCUGUGCAUGAUGCUCCGACCUUUCAUACGCAUUGUCCCACCGAUGAACAGGCAGCUCCUCACCAUGUUGAACACCCCGUUCAGCUUCUCCUAUCAGAAGGCUAAGACGGAUUUGGGAUACACCCCAAGAUACACCUGGGAGGAAGCACGCAAACGCACCAUUGAGUGGCUCGCCUCUGAGUUGCCAAAGGAGAGGGAGAAAAUAAGAGCUAAAUAAUUAAUGAAAAGUUGUUAGAACUAUAUUAAAACUGCAGUAUAAGUGAUUGUUUUGCUGUAAAAUAGUAAAAUAUAUCAUUGCCUAAUGUCUGUUUGUGAAAUUAUGUUUUCAUGCAUGAAUAACUAGAUUUUCCUGCAGUGACAAACUAAGGCGAAAAGUUUUGUGCAAUUAAAUCAUAUAUAAUAAAAGCAUGUUAAUCAUCAA